GACUAUUAUCUAAAUUCAUGCUUGCUGUGAUCUCCUCGUACUCUCAGGCGUCUCCAAAAGUGGCUCUCCCUUUCUGCAUUCCUCGCCGAAAUGUCUGCAAUAAAGUUUGCAAGGGAAGCAUUUGGUCGUGAAAAGCCCCAUUCUUCCAUCACCGAUUGGGUCGAGAUCCUGACGGCAAGCACCAUUGCGGAGGAGGCUUAUGAUGGUAUUCCGGAGCUCGUCGACGCCAUCAACCUCCAGCCACAUGCAGGUCCCACUGAGGCCUCUCGUGCUUUACGCAAGAAACUCAAGCACGGCAGCCCGCAUCAGCAGUAUCGUGCUCUCGUGAUCCUCAAAGCAUUGGUAGAAAACUGUGGAGACAAAUUUAAAACAUCAUUUGCUGAUGGACAGCUAACCGACGCGCUCAAGCACCUCGCCAGCGAUAGUUAUGCCGACAAGAGAGUGAAGAAAAAGCUAAUUCUCGUUCUCAAAUCAUGGCACGAACAGUUCCAAUCUGACCCGUCCAUGUCCAUGUUCUCCAAUCUCUAUUCGCAAACCGUCCGUGAUCGGCCGCAUGUCACAGAUACCUAUCUGGACCCCGAAAUACAACAGCGGAAACUGGAAGAAGCCAAACGCAAGGCUCAGGAAAAAGCCGAAGCCAAAGAGCGUCAGAGGCUAGAAGAAGAAAGACGGAAAGAGGAGAAACGGAAGAAGAAUCAACCCAAGGCCAAACGCGCCCUUUUUGUUUUUGAGAAGGAGAAACCGAAAGUAUUAUCAAGUAUCGUUGACGCGUCCCAGGCUUCUAGUAAUCUCGUCAAUGCUAUCACCCUUGUUAAUAGGGAGACCGACAGUUUGCAAACCAAUGAACGCGUCCAAGAAUGUCUGUCAAAAGCCAAAUUGGCACGAAAGCAGAUAGUGCGCUACAUACAACUCGUGGAGAAUGAAGAAUUAAUAGGAACCCUUAUCGAAACCAACGAGAGGGUUAUCAACGCUCUGGAGACUUAUGAUAACGCUUCAAAAGCCCCGGCGAAGAAACCAAACGACGGGGCUGACGCCUUAUCGGCCCCCCUUGCAAAGGUCCACUUAACAGGAGAAAGUGAAGUUAUUAAAUUGCAGGAGAAGCAGCGUGCUGCUGUCGAACGUGCUAAGUAUCGGAACGAUAGCGGCGCGUAUGCUGACCUGCAAGACAUUAAUUUCGGUUCGAUUGGUAGUUCUUCUACGAACCUACAACCACCGUUGCGGCCUUCUACCUCUACUACAUAUUCAGACGAAAGCAAUGAUGCCAGAGGCUCGCUAUCGGACUUCAGUGACUACGAAUCAUCAGAUGAAGAAACCCGUGAUACUUCUGCAGCAGCGUGGAGACAAACACGAAAGCAUUACGUCGAUGAUGAUCCAGAUGCUGCGAGAGUGGAUCUUCGUGUUUCAAACAAAGGCGAAGGCGGUUCUAAUGUUGCGUUGAUCGAUGUGGAGGAUCCGUUUGCGGACCCUUUUGCUGACGAGGUUUCCAUAGAGCCGUCGAAGAAAUGGUGAUCUGGGGGAACAGUCGCGGUAAUAAAUGUACAUAUAUAUGCUGUUCUAUAGCGUUUGUUACAUGAGGAUAGCGAUAAGCUGACAUCUCGAGUCUUGGUU